GAAGUGCGGCGAGUUGGCACGACGAUGAUGAUCGUGCCGCUGCAGGUAUUUAUCAAAUAAGAUAAUAUUAAUGCCAUCGCGCCUAUCGCGUUCAAAACUCAUCACAAAAGGCGCCGCACAUGUGUGCCCCUGACUCCCAACCAUCAAGGGGCCAGUGAAGCAAAACGCGUUGUGUGCGCGUCGGCCUUCAGCGGGCGGGCGCGUGGUGUUGUUCCGCAGUAGUCGCGUUGUUUUCCGUCGCAUCAAUACGAUUCGAUUAUGUGGCCGCGGCCAGCGGGCAACGAAACGUGGACCUGAACGGUUGACAAAUCAUCAAGAGGUGCCCGCACAGUAAUUACACUCGCAACUUAGCAAAUACCCUCACUCACAUAGCAUACCAAUGUAACAAUCUCUUGCCACCGUGUAAUAAUGUGAACUGCUGUUAACAGAAAGCUUGAUAAGAUGCGCAUCAAACGGACAUACUGCCUGAUUGCUACUUUUAUUUUCUCUUGGAUCUUCCUGCUCUAUUUCACAUUCCAAAACAGACCCAACUUGGCAAGCACUCCAAAUGAUUCAAUAGCAAAUCAAGUACUUGAAGUGGAUAUCAGAAAACUGGAAGAUGGAAUUCAAGAGGAGUUUAAAAAGAACAAAGAAAUGGUGCAUAAUUUACACAGAUUUAUGGACAACAAAAAAGUGGCUGGUGUAGAAAUUGAAAUAGAGAAGGAAAAAGCACUGGGAAGUGAUAAUAAACUAUCACCACAUGUCCUGAUGAGGAAUAAGGAUCCAUCAGGGAUAGUUAUACCUGUUUUGGUGUUUGCUUGCAACAGAAUCACAGUGAGCAGGUGCCUGGAUCAAUUGUUACAAUACCGGCCGGAUCCGGAUCAGUUUCCUAUCAUUGUCAGUCAGGAUUGCAAUGAUGAGCAAACAAGAACAGUUAUAAACAAAUACAUUCCACAAGUAUCCCUCAUACAACAACCUGAUCAAUCUGAGAUUGAAGUCCCGCCGAAAGAAAAGAAAUUCCGCGGGUAUUUCAAAAUCGCGCGACAUUACGGCUGGGCACUGAAUGAGAUCUUCUUCAAUUUUAAUUUCAAGUCUGUGAUCAUCGUCGAAGAUGAUUUGGACAUCGCGCCGGACUUUUUCGAGUAUUUUCUUGGGACUUAUCCUUUGCUAGAGAAAGACCCGACUUUGUGGUGUAUUUCCGCGUGGAAUGAUAACGGAAAAGUCGGAUUGAUCGAUGAGAAACAAUCGGAAACUUUAUAUCGUACCGAUUUCUUCCCUGGACUGGGCUGGAUGCUUAAUAAAGCAUUAUGGCAGGAAUUAUCUGCGAAAUGGCCGAGGUCCUACUGGGAUGAUUGGAUACGACAGCCAGAACAACGUAAAGAACGCGCUUGUAUACGGCCGGAGAUCUCCAGGACGCGUACGUUUGGAAAAAUUGGAGUUUCCAAUGGACUUUUCUAUGAAAAGCAUCUGAAGUACAUCAAGCUGAACGAGAAAUUUGUGCCUUUCUCAAAAAUGAAUAUGAGUUACUUAACGCGGGAGGUUUACGAUAAGCAGUUUAUCAAUGCUGUAUACCAAAGUGCUGUAGUCAGUUACCAGGAGUUGCGUGAGGGUAAAAUCGCUCAUGAUGGUCCUGUACGUAUAGUGUACUACACGAAAGAGUCGUUCAAACGCACGGCGAAGAUGUUAGGACUCAUGGAUGACUUUAGAAGUGGAGUGCCAAGAACGGCGUACAGAGGCGUGAUAACGUUCUUUUACAAAGGACGCACCGUAUACCUCGCGCCCAAUCUCAACUGGAAGGGCUACGACAUAAAAUGGAGUUAACAAUCGAAUGAACCGCCCGUGCUAGUGCUAAAUCGGCAACCGUUUAUGCUCAGACGACGGCGUCGGCCGUUCGGCGCGUUUCGCAUUUAAAAUUCUCACCGCGAAUCUCCGCAAACCUCGAAUAAUUCCUCAAACUCAAGAAAACAGAAGCUAAAAUAUGAGUAGCGGGCGGUAUGUGUCGGUAAACAAUCGUCGAUGUUUGUUUGUGAGAAACUUCCAUAACAAUUUUAUAAAAUUCCGUAAAGUAGAAAACACGAACACACAAAAUAGAAAGUAAAACAGAAUAAAAUUAUGACCACACACCGAACUAUUUAACUACUACUAGCGUAAUUUAUUGUUAUAUCAGUCUGUACCGUGUGCAUAAUUUAUAAAUUUCGGCUAUAUAGAUGUAAGCAUUUUGUGAUAUUAUCGAGAGAUUUAAGAGUGUUUUUGAUUUUAAUUUUUAUUUUUAUUAUUCAUUGUGUUUUGCGAUGCGGAAAUCCUAGAUUAUUGUUUACGCCAACACAACAAAAGCAAUCAAAUAUGUAUAAUGAUCUGUAUCAAGUGUUGUUGAGUAAUGUUUCUCUACUCAUUGAAAUUGUGUUCUUGUACCUGAUCAAUCAUCAGCCUCGAAUUUGACACUCGAAACAUUUGCUAUGAUUAUUUUAUUGAAUUUUAUUGUGAAUAUUUAUGAAUAUGAUACUGAUGUGCAAUUUUUGACUUCCACACAUACACACAACACCACUUAUAAUAUAAUAAAAUCACUUGGAAUGUA